GAGAGUAGUAAUUCGGAUAAACACAACAGCGGAGUAUCGGACAGCAACCACCAGGCAUGGUGGAGGUGGACACAGAAGCAUCUUUAAUAUAGAAAAUAAGGUAAGUUAAGUGACCCAGAAGAUGCCUCUUCACGGGAAAAUAGUUGUCAUCCGCAGAGGCGGCGGGGAUGGCACUGAAUUUCCCCUCACGGCUGCAUGUCUGUUUGGAAGAAAAAUUGAUUGUGACAUUCGCAUUCAGCUGCCCCAGGUGUCUAAAGAACAUUGCAGGGUUGAAAUAAACGAGAAUAAAGAGGUUGUCUUGACCAAUAUGAGCUCAGUGAACCCCACCUGCAUCAAUGGUGUGCCCAUGCAGCAGUCUGAACGCCUGAAGCACGGCGAUGUAUUUACCAUUAUCGAUCGCUCUUUUAGGUUUGAGGCCCCUCCGCCACCCACUCCAAAGAAAAAGAGGGUGUCUACGUCAGGAAAGGGAGAAACUCUUCAGGUUUUACAAGAACAUCAAGGAAAAGAUUCAUCAGCUGAGAAUUCAUCAGCCUCUGACUCCUGUCUGAAAGAUGGAUCCAAAACUGCAAACUCCAUGGACCAAACAGUGGAGGCAACCAAGGAGAUGGUCACUAUGGACACGGCCAAAUCCGGCAAAGACGCCCAGUCUCCUUUCUCGGAACUGUAUCAGAUGAGCAAGCAAGAUCUGUACCAGUCUCCAUGGAAGAGCAUUGGAGGUCAAGGCAAGACUCCCCUGUCCAAGCGCAACUCGCAAAAGCCAGCGACGCCCAAGGUCUCAGACCAGGAUGCCUCUGCGCCCGUGGAGGUCAAAGGCACUCCGAAGAAGACGAAGGCUGUCCUGCCGGCCACGCCAGCGACGAAGGAGGCCGCCUCCGUAGCCACGACUCCCAAGUCGGCGCAGAAGAAACGCCGGUCCUCCGUGGGUCUGCCCGGACCAGCACCAGAACCAGUUGCAGCUGCAGCGUGCGUGUCUGAAGAGCCGGCUGCCUCCUCCUCACAGGCCCCCAGCACCCCCACUCCGGCCUCAGGGAAGAAGAACCCGCCGCAGACGCCCCAGAAGUUCAGCGCCGACGAGGUGGUCCAGCAGAUCCUGACCGCCCCCCAGAGUGCCGAGAAGCCCAGCAAGGCUCCGAAGUCUCCCAAGAGAAGGAGCAGCACCGUCGCCGCCGCCGCCGCCAGCCCCAAACCAGACCCCGCCCCCGCGGCGGUGGCCACUCCAAGCACCGCUGCCGAGGCGUCACAGGAAGUGAAGCAGUCGCCCAGGACGUCUCCCAGAGCCAACGCAGGCCAGAGGUUCAGGGUGCAGGACGUGCUGCAGGAGAUGGAGUCGUCCACACCAUCAGGGUCCAAAGACGACAAGCCCUCGUCCAGCAAGAAGCGCAAGAGUGGGGGUCUCGACGCAGCCACCCCACUGGCCAAGAGGAAGCGCGUGUCCUUCGGCGGUCAGCUGAGCCCGGAGCUGUUCGACAAGCGGCUGCCCCCCGACUCCCCCCUCCGCCGCGGGGCCACCCCGUGCCGCCGCAGCCUGGGCGCCGCGCUCGUCAACACACCCAAGUCUCUGCUCCGCAGGGCCUCCAUGGGUCUCAUGCAGAGUCGGACGCUUGGAGAGACCAUCCUGGAAAGCCCCAAAGGCAAAGCCAGUCCUGCGAAAAAAGCCAAGACUCCCUCGCCAGCGAAGAAAUCUCCCAAAGCCAAAACUCCCUCGCCAGCGAAGAAAUCUCCCAAAGCCAAAACUCCGUCGCCGGCGAAGAAAUCUCCUGCCAAGAAGUCGGCCGCCGCUGCCACCACCUCGCCCAAAGGCAGGAAGUCCCCGUCCCCCGCCAAAGGGAAGUCCCCAGCGGGCAGAGCCAGCCCUGCCGGAUCUCCUUCCUUGGAGACGCCGCACGUGUCGGGCCGCUUCUCCAUCUCCCGCAUCAGCACGCCGUCGCCCGAGGCAGCGAGCGCCACGCCCAAGAUCCCGCUGAAGAGGCGGAGCUUGAAGGCGUCCGCCAAGAAGACCCCCAGGAAGAGCCUCGGCAAGGCCGCGCUGGACGGCAUCCGCAGACGCAGCGGAGCGUCCAAGGCCAACCUCAAAGUGGUGAAGUCCUUUGCGGACAUUGUGAAGUUUGGCCAAAGUAAACCCCAGGCUGAGGUCGCCGCCAAGAAGCCGGCCGCUAAAGUGGUGAAGAGAGCUGCGGCAGCAAAGCCGAAGACCCCGAAGCCCAAGACUCCAUCCAGGCGGCUGCAGGAGCACACCAGCACUGGGCAUGCCAACUCGCCCGCCACCAUCGUCGUGGGCAGGGCCCAGCUCCGGCAAGCGCAGGUGGCAUGCGGCGCCCCAAAGAUGGUGCCCAACAUCGCCAUCUCCAGGAUCGACAUGAAGAUGGACGAGGAUUUCUCAGGAGUUUCAGAUAUCUUUAAAACUCCCGCAAACAACAAGCAAAGAGCAUCUACCAGAAAGAGCGUCGUCCCUGCUACCCCUCUGGUGCUGGCCCCUAUGGCGGAGCUGUCUGUGAUGAAGACUCCGGAGGAAACCGGUGAGAUGGUGGUGUCUCCCCUGAGUGUGGCGUCCACUGCCAAGCGUAGCGGCUACAACAGCGAAGCGGUCAUACGCCUCCUUCAGGACGAACAGGAAGCCAGCUUCGUUGCCGAGGAGACCAUGUCUGCAGGACAAGAUGAACCCUCCGAUGCAUCAGUGACCCGGACGCCCGAGCAGAAGGCCGAGCCUGCCGCCGCCACCUGCCUCACCGGAGUCAAGCGGCUCCUCAAGACCCCCAAACAGAAGGCCGCGCCCGUGGAGGACCUGAGAGGCAAGCUGCUCAAGACGCCCCGACAGCCCAAAGCCCCACAGGAGGUGUGUCUGACCGGCGUGAAGGAGAUGCUCAAGACCCCCAAACAGAAGGCCGUGCCGGCCGAGGAAGACCUCUCGGGAGUCCAGCACCUGCUGAAGACCCCAAAGACCCGAGGAGAGCCCGUCCAGGAGAAGUUUGGCCUCAGCAAGCUCAUGAAGACGCCCCGGCAGAAGGGCGCCGCGGCCGUAGAGGACUUCGGAGGCCUGGAGGAGCUGAUGCAGGAGCCGCAGGAGCCCCAAGCACCCGUCCCAGAGGCUGUCGAGGAGGUCGAGGAGGUGGAGGAGGCCGUGACUGCUCCAGAGUGUGCUGCUGCUGAAGAGCUGGAUGCUGCCACAGAAGAGGACAAGGAGAACGUCUGCCCUGUGGAAGAAAUCCCAGCCGCUGCUGGCAAGCCCCAGGAGCCAGUCGAUGCAGAGGUGAAGAGAGAACUGCUGGCCAAGCGCCUGAGCUCUCCUCUGAGGGAGCUGGUCCAGGAGAGGGCGCCAGAGGCCUCGGAGGAGCUGGUGGAGGCCGAGAUCCUUCAGGAGAAGGCUUCAGAAGAGCUGUUGGAGGUUGAGGUCGUUCAGGAGAAGGUAGUGGAAGCCUCAGAGGAGCUAAUGGAAGCCGAGGGCGUUCAGGAGAAGGCUUCAGAGGAGCUGGUGGAGGCUGAGCUCGCUCAGGAGAAGGUAGUGGAAGCCUCCGUGGAGCUGAUGGAGGCCGAGGUCGUCGCCCUGCAGAGCGCCGAGGCCCCACAGGAAGCCCAGCAGCCCACAGCCAUCGCCGACUUCACGCAGGAACCCGCGUCCAACGCCACAGAGGUACCAGAGGAGGUUUGCCUGGACGAGGCUGCUCCUACCGAGUCCUCUGAGACCCCAGCGGCCACUGAAGUCCUGCCAGAGCCCCUCCUCCUGGAGGAAGUGGCGACCCCUGCUAGAGGAAGACGCAGGAAGCUGAUGGAGCAGGACGCGGUGGCCAACACUCCCAAGCCGAGCCCAGCCAGGGCGGGCAGGACGCCCAGAGUGCUCCAGCAGCAGGAGGAGGUGAAGACCACGCCGAGGAGAGGGAGGAAACCCAAACAGGUCUCGACCGAAGAGGAGGAGGCGGUGGUGGUUUCCGCGGCCGCCGAGCCAGUCGGAGUAACUCCCCCAGCAGCUGAAGAGGUCACAUCUACGGCAGCAGAGGUCACCGAACCCCGAGAAGAAGAAACUGUUGAGAUCCUAGAGGCAGUGAGUGCACCCGAGAGUGCCGCUGAAUCGUCUGAGUUCACAGCUGCACCAGUGGAGGACCAGGAAGCCAUCUCUCCAGCGGAGGAUGCCCAAGCCAGCGAGGCCCCAUCCACAGAGCCCGCUGCUCUUGCAGAGGAGUCAGCGGAGCCCGCGGAAGCAGCCGAUGCCGUCACUGAAGCCAGCCAGGACCUGCCAGAGCCCGCGCCACAGGAGGUGCCCGCCCCUGCUAAAGGAAGACGCGGACGGAAGCUGGUCGAGGCAUCUGAAGUGGUCGCCGUGGCGAGUCCCGCCAGGAGAGGAAGACCCAAGAAGCUGCCGGAGGAGAGCGCCGAGGCCAAGCCCAGAAGAGGCCGCAAGGCCAAGCAGGACUCCACCGAGCAGGCCGAGGAGCAGGCCGGCGAGGCAGCCGUGGCGGAUCCAAUCACAUCGGCGCCCGCCGAGACGCCUGCACCAACGCAGGAGGAAGCUGCGUCUCCUGCCGUGUCCGAGGCUCAGGAAGAAGCUCCUGUCGCCGUCGCCCCAAAGACCACCAAAGGGCGCCGAGGCAGACAGCCUAAAGCCGCCGCCGCCGUGGUGGUGGUGGAGGAGGUGGUUUCCGUGCCAACUGUCGAGCCUGAGGUCGAGAGCAGCGCCCCAGUUGCUGAGGUUGAAGAACAGGUGGAGGCCGAGGUCGCUCCCGAAAGCGAGCCCAGCUCCGAAGUUUCUGAGCUUGCGUCAGCUCCGGUUGAGGAACCAGCAAAGCCUGCAGCUGCCAAGCCCGUGCGCGGACGCAGAGGCAAACAAGCCGCCGCCGCCGCCAAACCGGAAGAAGCCGAAGAGGCGAAGGAUGGCGAAGAGAAGAUCCAGGCUCCUGCUGCCAAGACCGGGCGCGGUCGGAGGGGCAAGCAGGCCUCUGUUGAGGUUCCUGAAGAGGCCGAGGCCAAGCCCGACGCCCAGCCCGAAGCAGACCUCGCCGCUGAGGAGCCAGAGAAGCCCCAAGCUAAGGUCACCAAAGCAGCACGCGGCCGCAAGCCCAAGCAAACUCCCGCUCAGGCCGAGGACGUGCCAGAGGAGAGCGCGACUCCAACAGCUGCAGAGCCUGUCGCUGAUGCUGCACCUGCAGAGGUGGUAGAGCAGCCACCACAGGUGGUGGUGAAAUCUGCACGAGGCAGGAAGGCUAAGCAGGCACCUGCUCAGGUAGAGGAGGUCGCUCAGGUAGAGGAGGUCGCUGAGGAAAGCGAGCCUAGUGUUGAGGCCGAGGAUGCUGCUGCUGUAGCCGUCGAAGAACCAGCGAAGCCCGUGGCUGCCAAAGCUGCACGUGGGCGUAAGGGCAAGCAGGCUGCUGCCAAAGCGCUAGAGGAGGAGGCCAAGGAAAGCGAGCCCCAGGCUGAGGCUGAAGACCAAACCGCAGCCCAAGCUGAGGAGAAGCCCCAGGCUCCUGCUGCCAAGACCGGACGAGGCCGGAGGGGCAAACAGGCUCCUGCUCAGAGCGCUGAGGCGGAGGCUGAAGUCCAGCCCGAUUCAGAGCAGAUGGCCGCCACCGAGGAGCCAGAAGAGAAGCCGCAGGUCAAAGCCGUCCGCUCGGGCCGUGGACGCAAGACCAAGCCGGAACCGGAACCAGCGGCGGAGAGCGAGGAGACGCCCGAGUCCGAACCCGUCGCAGAGCCAGCCGAGGCGACUGAAGAGCAGCCGCAGGCGCCAGCUGUGAAGUCGGGCCGCGGCAGAAAGGCCAAGACCACACCUGCCCAGGUAGAGGCCGUAGAGGCUUCCGAGGAGACGGUCAGCCACACCCCCGUCAAGAGAGGAAGAGGAAGAGCCCUGAAAAAGGGGAAGGCCGUGGAGAGCGAACCCAGCACCACCAGCGAGGCCGUGGACGCUGAGCCCACCGAGACCAAGCUCACCAAGAAGUCCGUUAACUGGAGCGCCGACCUGGUGGAGACCAAGGCCAUCGCAGACGCUGAGCCCCUUGUGGAGGAGCCUCAGAAGAAAAAGACCAAGCGUGGCGCGGCCGCCAUGCCCGCUACCGAAGCCAUCGAGGACGCUGGCGCAGCUGCGGAGGUGAAGCCUGCUCCUAAGGGCAGGGGUGCUGUGAGAGGCCGCGGGGCAAAGAAAACCACUGAACCGGCACCGGAGGAGGAGGAGGAGGAGGAGGAGGCCAAGCCAGAGGAUGCCGAGCCUGUUGCCAAGACGACAGGCAGGCGAGGUAGGGUAGCAGCCACAAAGGAGGUCAAACCUCAGCCCGAUGAGGAAGUAGCCGCUCCAGCCCCGAAGCGAGGCGCCAAGAGGAAAGAGGCGGCGGAAGUGGAGACGGAGGUGGUGGCCGACGCCGCGUCUCCGCCCAAGAGGAGGCGAGGAAAGGCAGCUGCACCAGAGGAACCUCAGGCCGCCGCGGAGCCAGCGCCGGCCCCAGCCACCAAAGGGAAGAGAGGCGCCGCCAAGAAGGCAGAGGAGGCGGUCGCGGAGGAGAGCGAGCCCACCGCUAAGGCUGCCCCCAAAGCCGUGCGGGGGAAGAGGAAAGCAGCGGUGGAGGCUAAGCCCGCCCAGGAGGAGGAGGAGUCUGCACCAGCAGAGGAGGCACCCAAAGCUGAGUCCAGGGCGCGAGGCCGGACGCAGAAGAAGGUUGCCGAGGCGACGGCUGCCCCGGCGGAGACCGCCACCGCGGCCAGGCGCACCAGGAGGAAAUGAAGCACUGAGUCCCACAGGCAGCUGUAAAUAAUCCACGCGCGGGUUUUAAAAAAAUGAUACGCUUUUUUUUUAUAUAUAUACAUGUAUUUUUUUAACUGGUGAUUAUGUUGACUUUCAGAUUUUUUUUGUUUGUUUUUUUUUUGUCUGUUGUGCUGGUGCAUAGAUGAUUAUUAGAACUUUUCAGACUAAUAUAUCUAUAUAUAAGGACCUUUUUUGCUGUAUUUUAUUGUGAGUGGUAGAUUUAGAUGUGUACUUGAUUGUUUACAAAAAGUGUACGUAUUCCGGACAAGGAAAGAAAAAAAAAAUUUCAGGGCAUAUUGACUUCGUAUUACAAAAUGUUUGCUUUACUUGAGGGACCAAGAGCUAAACAGUUUUAAAAUUUUCCAGAUGUUACAUUUUAAAUUACAUUUCAAAUGAAAAAGAGAAAUUAAAUUUGAGGAGUGUGAAAAUUAAUUGACAUGCCAACCAUGUGGAACGGUUUUACCCCAGCAGGCAAAAUGUAAAUAUGUACUACUGUUAAGGCAUCCAUACCUGGUUCAACCAUUGCAACCCUCUUACAAAAUCCAUUUUUGCCAAUAAAGGAAUUAUAAUUCCUCA